AUGAGGGUUGAGUUGCUACUGACGGAGCCACAGCUAAUUGGGCUGUACAAUAAGGUUCAAAAUGUUGGUCCUCAAGCAGGCCUCAUCACCACAACCGUAUCCCAACUGCUGCAGAAUGGGCAAGAAGGUCAGGACAUUGAUGCAAGUGACGGAGAGCAAGAGCCCACCAAACCCCAGAGCACCGUCCACACUCAGCCCAACUUUUUCAACACAGUCAUGCAAAAGAAGGAUCUCCUGCUGCGCCAGGAGGCUCUGCUACUGCCCUCCUCCAUUCCAGUCGGACUAACUAUGCAGCCCCUCCCACAAAGACGCCAGCUUCCUUCUCCGAGGCAAGUGGAUGCAUUGCGCAAACGCCUGAGCGUCAAAGGAGUACCAGCAGGGAUACUCGAUACCGACCUGGUGCCCACAGCCCUGCCAUUGUCAAGGGUCCUCACUUCGUACUUAACCCCACGCUCUCCUUCUGCAGUCCCUGAGGUGGCGACAGACAGGCAACGAAUUCCAGAAGGCCUGCCAGGCAUCAAAUCGGAAGCUGCUCGUGCCAGAAUGGCAGCGCCAACAAAAUCACUGAACCCCACUCAUUACGGUACAACGCAACAGCCACCCGUUCAGCUUGGUCCCUACGUCACGGAUUCACCUGACCUUGCCAGUGCUCGUCCCCGUCUGGAGGCAACCCCCAGUUCCAGCAAAGACAUUUCACUGGAUGCAACAGUGGUCCCUCUUGCUGAUCAGCAGACCCCAACGAUGGGAACAAACCUUUCUGGGAAAGAUUCGAAAAUGGGCGGGAUGGAGCCUGUGACCCACGAAAGCAGAGACACAACCACCACAACCAUCGUAACAACUACUAUAAUCACCAUCCUACAGACAGCAGUUCCUUGCAGUGUAAGUUUCUCCGAUUCAGAAGGGUAUAUAGACUCCACUGACUUCCUUCCAUUGUCUGCGUAUGGCUCUCUGCAGUGUACCUUCAACGUAACUGUCUUCAACGGAUAUGGAGUAGAACUCCAGGUUAAGACUCUGAAUCUCUCUGAGGGGGAGCAGCUCUCCAUCCGUGGAUUGGAAGAGGACAACUGGGUUGUUUUAGCUAACCAAAUGCUUCUGGUUGAAGGCCAGGUGAUCCGAAGCCCAACCAACACAAUUUCAGUGCUUUUUCGCUCAUUCCAAUAUGGAGGUAUUGGGACAUUUCAACUCCAUUAUCAGGUGUACAUGCUGAGCUGUGACUUCCCCCGGAGACCCAACUAUGGAGACGUGUCCGUGUUGGAUCUACAUGCUGAUGGCAUCGCACUCUUCCGUUGUAACUCUGGCUACCACCUGCAGGGACUGCAAACACUGACCUGCAUGAAUGCAUCCAAGCCACAUUGGAAUGCCAAGGAGCCAAGCUGUCUCGCACUCUGUGGUGGAUCUAUAUCUAACGCAACCAUAGGUAGAGUAUUGUCACCUAAUUAUCCUGCAAACUACAGCAACAACUUAAACUGCACUUGGAUAAUUGAAGGCACAAAAGGCCAGAAGUUCCAUAUGCACUUUGAAAAGGUUUCCCUUGCCAGGAAGGGAGAUAGACUAAUCAUCUACAGUGGAGAGGGUGCCUUCUCAACAGCUAUAUACGAUUCUUCAAAGAAUGAGUACUUCCCUCUGGAAGGUUUGAUCAGCAAUGAACCCUUUGUCCAGAUUGAAUUCACUUCCGAUGGAACUAAGACAGGAGGAGGGUUCAACAUUCGAUAUGAAGCCUUCGAGCGUGGACACUGCUUCGAGCCUUACAUGCAGAAUGGGAAUUUCACAGCAACCAAUCCUUCCUACAGUGUAGGGUCAGUGGUGGAGUUCACAUGUGACCCAGGUUACACUAUGGAACAUGGAUCAUCUGUCAUCGAGUGCAUUGACAUCAGGGAGCCAUACUGGAAUGAAACUGAACCACUUUGCAGAGCGGUCUGUGGUGGGGAGCUGUCCAGCCCAGCGGGAGUUAUUCUCUCUCCAAACUGGCCUGAACCGUAUGAUGAAGGAGAAGACUGCAUCUGGAGAAUUCAUGUCGGAGAGGACAAGCGAGUGUUCCUCGAUGUUCAACUCCUGAACCUCACUAAUAGUGACAUAUUAUCCCUGUACGAUGGAGAUGAUUUAACUGUGAGGAUUCUUGGACAAUAUGUUGGAAGCAAUGCCCCAUUAAAGGUAUACUCCACAACUUCUGACCUCACUGUCAGAUUCCAUUCAGAUCCAGCUGGCUUGAUUUUUGGAAAGGGGCAAGGAUUUAUCAUGAACUAUUACGAGGUAUCUCGGAAUGACACCUGCUCAGACCUUCCGGAGAUUCCCAAUGGCUGGAAAACCACUUCCCACAGAGAAAUGGUCCGUGGAACCAUGAUAACCUAUCAGUGUGACCCAGGAUACGACAUUUUAGGCAGUGACACCCUCACUUGCCAGUGGGAUCUCACAUGGAGCAGCGAUCCCCCAUUCUGUGAAAAAAUUAUGUACUGCACAGACCCUGGGGAAGUCAAACAUGCCAGUCGCUCCAUAUCAGAUACCAAGCUGCUGGUGGGGUCCACAAUACAGUUCAGCUGUGACCCAGGCUUUAUAUUGGAUGGAAAUGCGCUGAUAACUUGCUACAGCCGCGAGACUGGUACCCCACUUUGGACAUCUAGACUUCCACAUUGUGCACCUGAGGAGUCCGUAGCAUGCAAGAACCCUGGACUACCAGAAAAUGGUUACCAGAUUCUGUACAAGCGGUUGUAUCUGCCAGGAGAGACGUUAACAUUUAUGUGUUAUGAAGGGUUUGAGCUGGUCGGGGAGGUCACCAUCAGAUGCAUCAUAGCUCAUCCAUCUCACUGGAGUGGGCCACUGCCUCUGUGUAAAGCUGCUCAGUAUGGCUUCGAACACUCGUUGGAAGUAUCAGGGACAGCUGUGGAGACGUCAAUGGAAGGCGGGAAUAUGGCUCUGGCGAUAUUCAUUCCCAUCCUCAUCAUCUCCAUACUGCUGGGAAGUGCCUACAUUUACGUCACCAGAUGCCGGUAUCACUCAAACUUGCGUCUGCCUCUCAUGUCCUCUCACCCAUACAGUCAAAUCACGGUGGAAACAGCCUUCGACAAUCCCAUCUAUGAGACAGGCGACACAAGGGAAUACGAAGUUUCCAUAUGA